GUCGGAGUGUGCGGUAACCAAAAGGACAUUGGUAUACAACUAUUACGACUAGAUUGAACAACAUAAAUGGAAGGAACAACCGCAAGUGGAGCGUUCGACAGACCUCUACCAAAGACCUAUAGCGCCUAUCCUGAUUAUGAAAAGUUCAAAGAACACAUUGCUGAUUUCUUGAAAGAAUACAAGGCAGAAGCAGCUUACAACCUUCAUGAGGAGCAAACAGAGGAUUUUUAUGAUAGAAAGGAAGAUGACAUCGAGCUUGCUAGAGAAGAAACUGAAGCUUCUUCUGGUCCUAAAUACAUGUAUUUACUACAAAAGAUUGCGAACAGAGAGUUAGAUGAUAUCACGAUUGAGCUCGAUGAUAUAAUCAGAUUUGAAAGUUUACAGCAAAGUCGUGACAUUGCUGGUGAAUCUUUAGCGGCAGAAAUUCCCCGAAAUGCUCAUCAUUUUGUUGAAUUGUUCUCUACUGUUAUUGACGAAAUUCUGCCCCAACCAACCAAACCAAUUAACGACAAAGAUACUGUUUUAGAUGUCAUAAUCCACCAAAGAAUGUUACGUAGUAGUGCGUUGCAACAAGAACGUCGAAGAGAAAAUCAAUUAUCAGACCUUGAUCCUUCGAGAACCGGUAAUGACGAAAAUGGCAAUGAUAUGCUCGGUGAUGAAAUGAAUACAGCACACGAACUCUUUCCUCCUCAGCUAUUAAGACGUUACAGCCUAUACUUUAAGCCAUACACAGGAGCUACAGGUAAAUCAUCUAAACCUUUGAAUGUGAGAAACGUGAAAGGUGGCCAUAUAGGGCAAUUGAUAACCAUUAGAGGGAUCAUCACCAGAGUCUCUGAUGUUAAACCUGCUGUCGAAGUGCAGGCUUAUACAUGUGAUGCAUGCGGUUAUGAAAUUUUUCAAGAAGUAAAAGCGAAGACUUUUGCCCCAAUGAUUGAAUGUCAAUCCGAGGUCUGUAAGCAAAAUAGGAAACCAGGACGCUUGUUCCCAAGUACAAGAGCUUCGAAGUUCUCCCCUUACCAAGAUGUCAAGAUUCAAGAGCUUGCGUCUGAUGUACCACCUGGAAAUAUUCCAAGAAUGUUGACCAUCCAUGUUAGAGGACCCUUAGUUAGAUCUAUGACCCCUGGUGAUUAUGUUGACGUUUCAGGUAUCUUUUUACCGCAGCCAUAUACUGGGUUCCAAGCUUUAAAAGCUGGUCUAUUAACUGAAACAUACUUGGAUGCUCAAUAUGUGAAGCAGCACAAACGUAAAUAUGAAAGUUUAGGCCUAACCGAUGAGGUCAAGGAAAAGAUUGAAAAUGUUAGAAGUCAGGAAGAAUUUUACGAUAUCUUAGCCUCAUCGAUUGCACCUGAGAUUUUUGGUCAUCUAGAUAUUAAAAAGGCCUUACUGUUGUUGUUGGUUGGUGGCGUCACCAAAGAAAUGGAUGAUGGUAUGAGAAUCAGGGGUGAUAUAAACAUACUUUUGAUGGGUGAUCCCGGUGUGGCCAAAUCACAGUUGUUGAAGUCAAUUUCAAAGAUUGCACCGAGAGCAAUUUACACCACAGGUAAAGGUUCCUCUGGUGUUGGUUUGACUGCGGCUGUUAUGCGUGAUCCUAUAACGGAUGAAUUGGUUUUGGAGGGUGGUGCAUUGGUUUUGGCGGACAAUGGUGUCUGUAGCAUUGAUGAAUUUGAUAAGAUGGAUGAAGGCGAUAGAACUGCGAUUCAUGAAGUCAUGGAGCAACAAACCAUUUCCAUAUCUAAGGCGGGUAUCACUACGACAUUAAAUGCAAGAACAUCGAUUUUAGCAGCAGCGAACCCUCUUUAUGGUCGUUACAAUACAAGAAUGUCACCUAAUGAAAACAUCAACCUCCCGGCAGCUCUACUUUCAAGAUUUGAUAUUUUGUUUUUGAUUUUGGACAAACCGAGUGUGGAGAAUGAUAUCAAGUUGGCGGAGCAUGUUGCGUACGUUCAUAUGUUCAACAAGCAUCCUACUAUUAACGUUCAAACAGUCGAUGAGCAGACAAUGAGACAGUACAUUUCCGUUGCUAGACAAUAUAAACCGGUCAUUACGAAGGAUGUAAGUGACUACGUUGUUUCUACUUAUAUCAAACUGAGACAAGAAAGUAAGAAAAACGAAAAUUCCAACACAUUUUUUUCACACACUUCUCCUAGAACUUUACUUGGUAUACUUAGAAUGUCGCAAGCAUUAGCCAGAAUUAGGUUCUCCAAUGAGGUUUUGUUGAGUGAUGUUGAUGAAGCACUUAGGUUACUUUCAGCUGCAAAGAAUACUUUGUACGAUGGCCAACAUGAAAUUGAAGAAACAACACAGGAGAAAUUGUUUACCAUUAUUAAAGAGUUCAUUGCCAAUCAAAUGCAGACGACAAAAUCUAAGAUUGUUUCUAUGGAAAGAUUAAAAGAGAUUUGUAUAAUGAAAAAUUUUACUGAGGCCGAAAUAUCGGAAUGCAUUGAGAGGUAUCAACAGCUAAAUGUUUGGCAAGUCAUUGACAAUGGUGAAAGUCUAACUUUGAUUGAUAUUGGCGACGAUGACGAUUACACAUCGGAUAAUAGUGAUGCUGAUAUGGAUGUGGAUCGAAAUUUUUAAAUUCGACUUUCCUCUAAGACUUUUGUACUGUACUUUUUUGCCCUGUUAUUGUAUUUUACUUACAUGUUGUAAUAUUUGUUUCACCACUUCUAAUUCU